AUGUUCGCAACUCAUAACCACAACAAUAAUCAAUUCGUGCGUACUUCUCAGUAUGAAGAAGAGGAAAAUAACGAUGUAGAUUAUCAAGGAGUUACCCAUGUGCGUAGAAUGAUACCCAUCAUAUUCAACAAUCAAGAAGUUGGAUAUGAAGCCUUCGUAUCAGAGGCAGGUGCUUCUUUCGAUCAAGGAAAUUCUUCUUCCUCAUCAGCCACUACACCGUUCGCCUAUGAUGAUGAAUAUGAUGAUAUCUCUCCAGAAGAGCAACAAAGGUGUCCAACCAUGCUCAUAUACUUGAAGGGUUCUAAUGGUGUCAAACGUAAAAUUCUACAGGAUAUUACUUGGGAAUUAUAUCAUUUUGAUGGACUCAUGAUGCGUAUCGGAAAACUCUUCCCACAAGAAGAACAAGUGAAAAUUUCAUGUGUAAUUGGUAAAUCACGAAAAGUUGCCAUUCAAAACGACGAUGAUUGGCAGCAUGCUCUCCAACAAUUGCUUUUAAAUGAUGAAACUAUGAUCAAGAUAUUCAUCAAGAGUCAAAAUCAACACCAACAGUCAAAAAAGAAGAAUAAGAAUCUCCUUCAAAAGAUUGUUGACAAACAAGAAAAACAACAAGCAAGGAAACACUUUAAACAAGACGCUCUCAUUGAUACUUCUUCCAUCAGGAAUGUUUACAUUGAUGCUGGUAGUAUUCUUCUCCACGUCCGUGAUUUGAAGAGUCUUGCUUUUAACAGUGACAAGGAUAUUGCAGAGAAGACACUCCUCCGACUUGCAAAAUCUCUCCAUCAAACCGAAUCAUUCAACCACGUACACGUUUUCUUCAACUCCACCAUGAAUGUCCAACCAGAAGAGAAUGAAGCAGGUACAUUUGUUGUAUCUAUUGCUGAACCAUUCUCCACUUCUGGUGACUUGAUGAAGGAAUUUUUAAACAGACAGAUUAUAGCUGGCGCUUUGGAAUCUUGUCUGGUUGUUUCUUGCGACCGUGUAUUGUUAAAGGAUUUGAAUGAUUAUGGUGAUGUGAAGGUUUGCAAUGCUCGUUCUUGGUUUCGAAUUUGUCAACAUUCUGAUGAGUUGAUGAUGACUAAUAAUCAUAACAAUUCCAAGGAUUGGUUGAGAAAUAUAUUAGUGAAAUAG